AUGGCAUCCCCCGCUGCCCCAAACGACCUCCUCACGUCCCUACACCGCGACGGCUUCGUCCGUAUCCCCUCCGUCCUCUCCCCCGACGACCUCUCCACCCUCCGCGCCGCCGCCGCGCGCAUCACCGCUCUCGCCCGCUCCGGAAAAUGGCCCCACAUCCGCACGCUCCCGAAGCAGUUCCCGCCCUGGCCCUCUUCCGCCGAACACGGCAUCUGGGGCGUGCAGCACCUGCUCCACCCUAGCCAACCCGACCAGCCUCUGUUCCUGCGUUCUUAUCUCAGCGACUCCAUAAUCUCGCCCGUUAAGCAGCUGCUCGAGUGUUCGGAAGACAAGCUGGUCAUGGAGCUGUACAACCUGCUCGUGCGGCCGGACGUCGACUUCGCGCUGCGCUGGCACAGGGACGAUAUCGGGCCUGAUGCGAGCGCUGAGGAGGAGGAGAAGAGGCUAGGGGAGCCGGGCUGGCAUGCGCAGUGGAACCUCGCGCUGUGGGAUGAUCGGUCGUUGGUUGUGGUGCCGGGGUCGCAUAGAAGGGCGAGGACGGAGGAGGAGAGAAUGGCGAGGCCGUAUGAGGAGCAUAUGCCGGGGCAGAAAGUUGUGGAGAUGGGUGCGGGGGACGUGGUCUUCUAUAAUAAUAAUAUACUGCAUCGGGGGGUGUACGAUGCCAGUGUGGAGCGGAUGACGCUGCACGGAAGUAUAGGGCAUGUUGGAGGCAGCAAAGCGAGGGCGAGGAAUGUGCUGCAGCAUGGGAUUGGUGAGUGGGUGGAGCAGAUUGAUUUUGGCUCCUUGGAUGAGCCGACUAGGAAGAGAGCGGAGGGGAUGCGGAAGAGGUUGGUGGAGAUGGGCACGAGUUCGGGCAAUGUGGGCUUCUUCUCGGAGAAUGAGUGA